CAGUUAUGCCAUAUAACAGCGCCCAUCACUGUGUUGUGGAGGUGGAAAACUUCUUGUUUGUGCUGGGAGGAGAAGACCAAUGGAACCCUAAUGGGAAACACAGUACAAACUUUGUUAGCCGAUACGAUCCCAGGUUUAACAGCUGGAUACAACUUCCACCCAUGCAAGAGAGGAGAGCCAGUUUCUACGCCUGUCGCCUUGACAAGAACUUGUACGUAAUCGGUGGAAGAAAUGAAACUGGCUACUUGUCCAGCGUGGAGUGCUACAAUCUGGAGACAAACGAGUGGCGUUACGUGUCUUCGUUACCACAACCUUUGGCAGCCCAUGCAGGAGCUGUUCACAAUGGCAAAAUAUAUAUUUCAGGAGGUGUUCACAAUGGAGAGUAUGUCCCCUGGCUGUACUGUUAUGACCCUGUGAUGGACGUCUGGGCCCGAAAACAGGACAUGAACACAAAGCGAGCCAUCCACACUUUGGCUGUAAUGAAUGAUCGACUCUAUGCAAUUGGAGGAAACCAUUUGAAAGGUUUCUCCCAUCUUGAUGUAAUGCUUGUGGAAUGCUAUGAUCCGAAAGGUGACCAGUGGAAUAUCCUCCAGACUCCUAUUCUGGAGGGUCGCAGUGGCCCUGGCUGCGCGGUCCUUGACGACAGUAUUUACCUUGUAGGAGGCUACAGCUGGAGUAUGGGGGCCUACAAAUCUUCUACUAUUUGCUAUAGUCCUGAGAAAGGGACUUGGACAGAACUAGAAGGAGAUGUUGCUGAGCCACUUGCAGGACCUGCUUGUUCGACUGUCAUAUUGCCAGCCUGCGUACCGUACAACAAAUGAUAGUCAAGGAGCACUGACACGAACACUGAUUGCAUUUGGGAAAAUAAUGACGGGUGACGUAAAUAUUUUAUUAGAACAGGAUUCUUCCUAAAACAAAGCUACCGUAAUUGACCCCUUAUUCCAUAUUUAUGCUUUAGGAGCAAAUUAAAAGAAAACAAAAAACAAGUGUCCCAUCUCAAAUAGAUGCUGGUGUCUUAAGAAGCAAGCAGCUAAAACACACCGAACAUUACAUGCUGACAGACUGCCAUUUCAAACUGAUUUUAACUUUUUCCUGCUGCAGAGAUAUUCCUCACAUUAAAUUUAACUUUAAGAAAAAUGAAGGCUAAAUGUUCAAAUACAGCCUGAAGAGACAAGAUCAGUAUUGUGCAUUGUAUCUACCUGCAUGUGAUCUGUGUUGAAGUCAUGAGGAUGUUGUUUUCAUGAAUGCUUCAGAAUUCAGAUAGUGGAAAGCUCACACUACAUUGCAGAAUUGUCUCCUCCUCUGUAAUCCUAACCUACAGCUACUUCACAUGCUCUGCAAGCAGUACAGCAUCAGAAGAUUAUAAAAGGUAAAGAAAUAUCAUUCAGAUUUUGCACAGCUUGGCAUCUAAUACGCUCUGCCUUCAAAGUCCCCAUGUCUAAGUGGUGCGGAAAGCAGACUACAAUGAAAGCCAUGCUUUACAGAGCACUUCUUGCAAUAGCAGUUUAAGGAUUAGGAUCACAUUCUUAUAAUCACACUUGUGUAAAGUCAGAGUCAUUUCACUGAAAUCACAUGGGAUGACUGUUUUUACAUUAGUAUAACAGAAAUUUGGUCCUACACCUUAAAUUCUGGGUUCUUAAGGGAAGUUAUUUCUAUGACCACUUAACGAAGCACCAGAACCCUUACUUACUUUUCACCAACCUGGUUAGAUAGGAGCAUCCGUGCUCAUUGCUUCCAAAGACACGAAGACUGCAUUUAACUAUAAAUGUAUUACUUUGGACUCUUAAAUGAUUAUGCACAAUUUUGGAGAGACGCUAGUAAGUAGUUAAAUUACUCCUGUGUGUUUGAUCUUAAAAUGUACACUGAAAGAUUUUUACUAUUGAUCCAAAGUAAUAUGAGGCUAGACUUUCCACUGCCUUAGAGCCUGUGUAAUUUACACAUUGCAAAGCGAGUUGAGAACGCUACCACAUGGGACUAGUUAGCAUUUAAGACUUGCUUCAUGAACCCAUAGUUGUUCACACAAAUCAGGCUCUCUGUGUUUUAAACUUAUGUCUUUCUGUCCUGGCUUUGCAAAAGCAGUGACAAAAUCAGAGCCUGAUUCUUCACCACCUUGCAGUUAACAUAAUUAUCUACACCUCAGCAAAGUAUAUGCAUAAUUUUCUUCCAUUGUGGUUGACUGGUGCUGCAUCCAUUACCCUCAGGACUCUUCUCGUCACUGGUAUAAACUGACAUCGCUCCAUUCAGGCCAAUAGAUGUACUUUGGUACGUCGGCUAAGAAUCUGGCCUUUAAUUUGCGUAGUUGUAACUGGCCGCACCAGACAAAAGGCAAAGGAGACUCAGACCCUUCACAAUAGGACUCAGUACUAACGCAUUAAGCAAGGAGCAGGCAACUUCUGGAAGUUGGGUUCUGCUGCAGACGCAAUGGAUGGGAGGAAGAAUUAAUUAUUUGCUUUGCAAAAUAGAAAGAGGACAGAUGUACACAGAAAUUACACUAUAUGUUGAAGCUUGAGAGCAAUAUAAAUAAUGGAGAGCAAAUAUCAUGGGACUGUUUCUCUCUGCCAUCAGUCCAGUUUUAUUGCAGUGCAACUCUCUUGCUUGCAGCAGAAUUACAUGGUUGUAAAAUUGGAGUAAUGCAGUAAAGACUGAUACCGAGCAAAUAAAAUAACCCAAUUGAUGAGGUAGCUGCACGCCUGGAAAAAAAAUUGUUUAAACAAAAUAAUUAUCUGAAGAUGCUAAUAUUUGAAUGUGCUGUUCGGGAGUUUUCCAGUGAGCAUCACUAAGGAACUCAUAAAGGUGGAGUGUAUAUCCUGAAUCUCGAUCCAUUUCUACUAUAUAGUGCAAUCUUAGUUGGUUUUGUAUUUAUUUAUAUUGUUCAGAUCCAAGGGAUCUCUUGUAAAAUAUAUUUGGUGCAAUCAUGACUUUUUUUUUUUCCUUUCCUGUUGAGAGUAUAUAAAGAUGAAUAUAUAUAAAAAGGAAACUGUUAAGAUACUGAAUGAGGAAACCUUUAAUGACAUUUAAGAUCAGGAUAAGGUCUGCCAUUAAACACUGACUGUCACCUGUCUCUACUGAAACGUACCAUUUUUAAAGGAUAUUUGUUGUCCUUUUAAGUGGUUCUUUUUUUAACCAAGAUAAUUUAAAGAUUUAUGAGGACUGUAUGUAAAUCUUUCUAUCUUUCAGGAAGGCAUGACCAAGGAAAGUGCUAACUGAAUAAGUCACACAAAGAAUGUAAAUUUUGUACAGUACUAGACUGUGUAAAUGAAGCUUGCUUGUAGGGGGAAAACUUUAAAUAAAACUUUAUGUACUAAUUCAACCGUCUGCCAUAUUCCUACUUACAAAGUGUAUGUAUAAAUAAUAUCUACAUUAAAUUCUUUGGAACUUUUUUUAUCAU